AUGUGGCUUACGGAUGGACAGAAGAUUGGCGUCGCGCUUACGUCGUUUGGGGUACUCUUCAUGAUGCUCGGCGUAAUCCUCUUCUUCGACGGGGCGCUGCUCGCACUUGGGAAUGUCCUAUUCCUCUCGGGUUUGACUCUAAUCAUUGGCCCGCAUAAGACCUUCUACUUCUUUGCCCGGCGGCAGAAGAUCCGCGGAACGGCGUGCUUCCUCGGAGGCAUCAUGCUCGUGUUCUUCAAAUGGCCGGUUGUUGGAGUCAUUUUGGAGACGCUCGGGUUCCUCAACCUUUUCGGGGACUUCUUCCCUGUGAUCUUGACGUUCCUCCGACAAGUACCUGGUGUCGGCCAUCUUCUAAUGCUACCAUACGUACGAGAUGUAGUGGACCGUCUAGCAGGGUCACGAACGUCUGUUGUAUGA